AUGGAUCGAAGCCAGUACGUCGACUACAUCAUUCCGUGGGUCCAGAUGCGGGCGGGGGAGGAAUAUAUACUGAGAGCGUCCAAGGACUAUCCCGUGUUGGAACCGUUCGCCCCUCGCCACUCGAUCUCGUAUUUUAACAAUUAUAAAGAAGACAGUGCGAAAUCGGCGCACGAGCGUCUUCAUACGGUGGACGGAUACGAUCCCAAAAGAGUACGAUGCGAUCGCGUAAAUCCGAGCUUAUAUUGGCUGGAGAUCGCUAAGGAGAAUCAGGGUCACAAAGUACCCAUGACUACUAAUCUCUGGUAUGGUAGACCGAACAGGGUUCAAUUCGAUUACAUCCCGAAGAAAUUCAACCGAUCGAGCAAAAUGCAGCAAUUCUUCACCCGUUGCGGGAUUACUUACAUCCCUGAAGACGAUGACGAGAUUUGUAAUUAG